AUGGACGAGGCGUUCCGCUGCGGAACGCCUCUUGCGGACUACUGCGGACCUGCCCUCGUGGCAGGUCCGCGUCAAAUUUUUUGGCCCGCAUCAAAUUUUAAUUUAUCUUUCCACGUCAGUUUUUUCCCCAACCCUAAUUCCUCCUUCGUCAACUUUUUUUCCGCUUCCUCCUUCGUCGCAACGCAGCCGCCGAAGAAACCUCCUUCCUCCUUCGUCGAAGAGUCCUCCUUCCUCCUUUGUCGCGACACACCCACCGCGAGGAAAACCCACAGGCGUCUUCCCUUGUCGUGCCCCCUGCGAUUCCUCACCGCCGAGCCCGAAGCUAGGGUUCCGCCCCUUCCUCCUUCGUCGCCACGCAAACGCCAAAGAGGACAACCCACAGGCGCCUUCCUCCUUCGUUGCGGAACAGCUGGGGUUUCUUAUCGGCAAGCUGAAGCUAGGGUUUUUCCGCACCUCACACCCCUUCAUUUGUCCUCCUCGAUGGCUCUUUUUUGGAAGAUUGCAGUUGCUUUGCCCGGGGUGGAAAACCUUUCUUCAGAAGCUGCCUUUUGGAAGAAUGCUUGUGAGAGAGUUUAAUCUGUGCAAGGUGGCAUAGUGCUUGUGAGAGUUUAUUAUGUUUUAACAUCUUCAGAAGCUGUGAUUGAAACAGAUACUAUAAGCUGUGAUUGAAACGGAUACUAUAAGCUGUGAUUGAAACGGCUACUGG